AUGUUGGAUGCGGUAGGCCUCACCAUGGGGGUGGAUACCAAGUUGGCGAUGAGGCGCAGCAUUAACCGAGACAGGAUAUCCGAGCAUAUAGAGAGUAAGAAAUACUUGGCUAACUUGCAAGGGAUGCUGCCAGACCUUGCGACACAGCUCGAGGAAAUAUUGUUUAAAGUUCAUGGAUGCAAGAGGGAGUACUACAAUAUGGUGGAGCGGCUGUUUGAGCCAGAAUUGCAGCUUGCUAUCCAGCUCUUGAGUGUCCAGAACCCACAAAAUCAAGAACUGUCAAGGAAUAUCCAAACUUUCCCUGCAAUAGGAACAAAUUUUUGCGCACCUGGUAGUAUCAAGGGCGAAAGUGGAAAUCCUAUGAUGUAUUCAGAUGUGAAAUUUAAGAUGGGACUUGCUUCUUCAUCUCUAAUAGGAAAACAUCCCAAGGUGAUGGAGGCGAAGGAGGUCCCAAGGGAACUAAAGUUCAGCUGCCCAGUCUGCAUGAACGAGCUGGUGGAUGCAUCAUCCACCAUAUGCGGCCACAUCUUCUGCGAGAACUGCAUCAAGGCCUCUAUCCAGGCUCAGAGAAAGUGCCCUACCUGCCGGAAGAAGCUGACCCUGCGCGGUUUCCACCGGCUCUACCUCCCGGCGACAAACUAG